AUGUUCGAUAAACCAAUGUUCAUGCGCGAAAGUCGCGACGAUUUGAUGUCCCGUGACACAGACUCAGGUAGUGAGGGAGAGGACGAGUCCCGUGACACAGACUCAGGUAGUGAGGGAGGGGACGAGUCCCGUGACACAGACUCAGGUAGUGAGGGAGGGGACGAGUCCCGUGACACAGACUCAGGUAGUGAGGGAGAGGACGAGUCCCGUGACACAGACUCAGGUAGUGAGGUAGAGGACGAGUCCCGUGACACAGACUCAGGUAGUGAGGGAGGGGACGAGUCCCGUGACACAGACUCAGGUAGUGAGGGAGGGGACGAGUCCCGUGACACAGACUCCGGUAGUGAGGGAGAGGACGAGUCCCGUGACACAGACUCCGGUAGUGAGGGAGGGGACGAGUCCCGUGACACAGACUCCGGUAGUGAGGGAGGGGACGAGUCCCGUGACACAGACUCCGGUAGUGAGGGAGGGGACGAGUCCCGUGACACAGACUCCGGUAGUGAGGGAGGGGACGAGUCCCGUGACACAGACUCCGGUAGUGAGGGAGAGGACGAGUCCCGUGACACAGACUCAGGUAGUGAGGGAGGGGACGAGUCCCGUGACACAGACUCCGGUAGUGAGGGAGAGGACGAGUCCCGUGACACAGACUCAGGUAGUGAGGGAGAGGACGAGUCCCGUGACACAGACUCAGGUAGUGAGGGAGAGGACGAGUCCCGUGACACAGACUCAGGUAGUGAGGGAGGGGACGAGUCCCGUGACACAGACUCCGGUAGUGAGGGAGAGGACGAGUCCCGUGACACAGACUCAGGUAGUGAGGGAGGGGACGAGUCCCGUGACACAGACUCAGGUAGUGAGGUAGAGGACGAGUCCCGUGACACAGACUCAGGUAGUGAGGGAGGGGACGAGUCCCGUGACACAGACUCAGGUAGUGAGGGAGGGGACGAGUCCCGUGACACAGACUCAGGUAGUGAGGGAGGGGACGAGUCCCGUGACACAGACUCAGGUAGUGAGGGAGAGGACGAGUCCCGUGACACAGACUCCGGUAGUGAGGGAGGGGACGAGUCCCGUGACACAGACUCCGGUAGUGAGGGAGGGGACGAGUCCCGUGACACAGACUCCGGUAGUGAGGGAGGGGACGAGCCCCGUGACACAGACUCCGGUAGUGAGGGAGGGGACGAGUCCCGUGACACAGACUCCGGUAGUGAGGGAGGGGACAAGUCCCGUGACACAGACUCCGGUAGUGAGGGAGGGGACGAGUCCCGUGACACAGACUCCGGUAGUGAGGGAGAGGACGAGUCCCGUGACACAGACUCCGGUAGUGAGGGAGAGGACGAGUCCCGUGACACAGACUCAGGUAGUGAGGGAGGGGACGAGUCCCGUGACACAGACUCAGGUAGUGAGGGAGGGGACGAGUCCCGUGACACAGACUCAGGUAGUGAGGGAGAGGACGAGUCCCGUUACACAGACUCAGGUAGUGAGGGAGAGGACGAGUCCCGUGACACAGACUCAGGACGAGUCCCGUGA